AUGACAUUCUUCCAGAAAGAAUUCACCACCCCGCCGCCCCUGCCGCAGCCAGGCACGCCCCACUCAUCAACCCCAUGGAACCCCAUCGGCCCCGGGAUCUGGGAGCUAGCUUUAAAUGGCGGCGCAGAGCACAAAUCCGUGCUGCAGUGGUGGGAGCCCAAUACCAUGACGGCCAAUCAGCCCAUCACCCACACCUUCAUUGAAGAGGUGUGCUUCCUGCAGGGUGGGCUUGAAGAUCUGUCGCUGGAUCGGGCCUGGGGCGUUGGGGCGUAUGCGUAUCGUCUGCCAGGCAUGCUACACGGCCCAUAUCGGGCUUCUGGGGAGGGGUGCUUGAUGUUUGUUAAGGUUUUUCCUGGGAAUUCUUGA